AUGGCGGACGAGGCUAAGGUGCCCACUGACGCGAUGUCAUCCGUGACGAAGGCGGCGCCGGUGACGGCCGACCGGCCGGUCCGGGCAGACCUGGAGACGCUCGUUCCCAAGCCCUAUCUGGCACGAGCUCUGAUUGCGCCCGACGUGAACCAUCCCGAAGGAACCAAGGAGGGGCCGCACGAGCACCGGCAGAGGAGCGUGCUGCAGCAGCAUGUGGCCUUCUUCGACCUCGACGGCGACGGCGUCGUCUAUCCCUGGGAGACUUACGGAGGACUAAGGGCGUUGGGCUUCAACGUGGUCGCGUCCUUCAUCAUGGCAGUCGUCAUAAACGUUGGCCUAAGCUUUCCGACUCUGCCUGGCUGGAUACCAUCUCCCCUGUUCCCAGUCUACAUCAGCAACAUCCACAGGGCUAAGCAUGGCAGCGACACCUCAACGUACGACACGGAAGGAAGGUUCAUGCCGGUGAAUUUCGACAACAUAUUCAGCAAGAACGCGCGCACGGUGCCGGACAAGCUCACCUUCGGUGAGAUCUGGAGGAUGACCGAAGGCCAGCGGCUGGCGUUCGACUUACCUGGACGGAUGGCGAGUAAGCUGGAGUGGAUACUGUUGUACGUGCUCGCCAAAGGCGACGACGGGCUCCUUUCAAGGGAGGCAGUUCGUGGCUGCUUCGAUGGAAGCCUGUUCGAGUCCAUUGCCCAGAAAAGGAAGGAAGCAAACCAGAACAAGUAA